AUGGAUCCUCGGAACCUUACACGACACCCCAAGAUUUUCCUCCUGGGACUGUCAGAGGACCCUGAACUGCAGAUCUACAUCUUUGGGCUCUUCCUGUCCAUGUACCUGAUCACCGUGCUGGGGAACCUGCUCAUCAUCCUGGCCGUCAGCUCAGACCCCCACCUCCACACGCCCAUGUACUUCUUCCUGUCCAACCUGUCCUUUGUGGACAUCUGCUUUGUCUCCACCACGGUCCCCAAGAUGCUGCUGAACAUUCAGACGCACAGCAAAGUCAUCAGCUACGUGGGCUGCCUCGCCCAGAUUUACUUUUCUCUCCUCUUCAUAGGUCUGGACGAUUUCAUCCUGACGGUGAUGGCCUAUGACCGCUUUGUGGCCAUCUGCCACCCCCUGCACUACUCGGUCAUCAUGAACCCCCGGCUGUGUGGGCUGCUGGUCCUGGUGUGCUGGGUCAUCAGUACCUUGCAUUCUUUGUUGCAGAGCUUAUUGCUCUUGUAUCUGUCCUUCCCCAUGAACUUGGAAAUCCCCUACUUUUUCUGUGACCUCAAGCUGAUGGUGCAGCUGGCCUGUUCGGACACACGUCUGAAUGACCUGGUAAUAUAUAUUUCAUCCGUACUAUUGGGGUGCGGACCCCUCGCUGGCAUCCUUUAUUCCUACUAUAAGAUUGUCUCCUCCAUCCGCAGAAUCUCUUCAGCUCAGGGGAAGUUUAAAGCCUUUUCCACCUGUGCGUCCCAUCUCUCCAUGGUCUCCUUGUUUUAUGGCACAGCCCUAGGUGUGUAUCUGGGCUCUGCUGUGACCCACAGCUCACAGUCUAAUGCGGCCCCCUCGGUGAUGUACACGGUGGUCACCCCCAUGCUGAACCCCUUCAUCUAUAGUCUCAGGAACAAAGACUUAAAGGGGGCUCUGAAUAAAAUCUUUGGAAGAGCCAGUGAUAAGGACUAA